AUGACGGAAGUAAGAUCGGCUCAAGGGUGGGGUACGGAUGCGGGCGGCGAACUGUGCGUUGGUGGCACAGAAUGGGUGGAAAGAGUGUUCCGUUCCCCCCGGAAGCCUUAUGCAUCCUUCUGUGUUGAGAACUUGAGAUGCUUCGAUCCGAGCGUGGACGGCCGGCCUUCGGCGCUCUGUGGCCUUUCGAUGCUGGAGCUGAGGUGGGAGAUAGGUAGACAGGUGUCUCAAGCCGAUGCGUCUCGCGGGCCGCGAAGCUGGCAACAUCACGACUUACUGCAAGUGAAGAAAGGGCUUUUGACAACGUACUUGGUGGCCGAUGGGGCAAAGCUUGCCCGUGUCUUGUCCGCCGAGAUACUUGGGCUCGAGGAGCCCAUCGGCAUAGAGGGAGGCCGAUGA